CAUCUGGCAGCCCUGGCCAUCAGCUGUUCGUUUUUGUUUACAAUUUGCCUCGUUACUUUACAUAACAAAUUUGGGAAUUUCAACAAAUAAACACGAAAUGGCGCUCUUCGAGAUGAAAUGGCUGCGCCGCUGGGUGCGACGCAACACCAAUCCCAUACCGGAGCACCGGGCAGAGCUGUGGAAGCGGCGCCUGAGCAUCGGCUACGCCGUUUUGGCCUGGCAGGCCUUCGGCCUCGUCUGCUACAUGGUCUACACCGGGCGCAACGACUGGGCCAAAUUCUACGGCUACAAGACGGAGGAGGAGCUGGCCCUGUCGCCGGCACAGCAGUUCGCCAAGCACCUGAAGGUCGAGGGCACCGGCAAGAUCAUCCGCUUCUCGGGCUUCCACAAGGUCGAGGAGGUGCCCUUCGACGCCAGCGAGGUGGAGCGAGUCAGGGAGUAGCCGCAGCGCCUUACUCUCUACUAGAUUUAGUACACCCUUCUUUUUUUUGAACAAGCGUAUCUUAAUUGUCAUUAAAGCUUAUCAAUAGGACUUAA